AUGCCCAUUGAAGCACUUUCUCCUACUGCUGUCCGCGCUCUUGGUUCAACACAAUGCUUGACAGAUCCAAAUUCUCUAGUAAAGGAAUUGGUGGACAAUGCUAUAGAUGCUCGUGCGUCGGCGAUAUAUGUUGAGAUAUCAGCAAACACAUUAGACAGAAUCCAAGUCAAAGACAAUGGCCAUGGCAUUGCAGCUGAGGACCGCAAGUUGGUGUGCAAAAGGUAUUGCACCAGUAAGAUCAGAGGUCUUGAUGAUCUUCAAACUCUCGGUGGACAGUCAAUGGGCUUUCGUGGAGAAGCACUUGCCAGCGCCAUCGAAAUGAGUGGUCAAGUAGCCCUGUCCACCCGAGUAGAAGGAGAAGAGACAGCAGUCGAGAUGAGAUUCAGAGCUGAAGAUCAAGCACCGAGUGAAAAACGCGUUUCCCACCCAGUUGGGACCACUGUCGUCAUCGCCGACUUCCUCAAGAAUUUGCCUGUCAGGAGGCAGACAGCAACCAAGGAGAAAGCCUGUACCGCACAACUCACUAAGAUCAGGCAUAUGUUACAAUCAUAUGCUUUCGCUAGACCCCAUGUGCGGUUCUGCCUAAAAGUUGUGAAGGCUAAGAGCGAGAAAUUGAAUUGGACAUAUGCACCGCCACCGAGCCGAGCUAAUGACAUGUCUCUUAUGAGAGACGCUGCGAUCAAAGUCUGUGGAAUGAAAUUGGCAAUUUCCUGCCAGUUAGCAGGCUGGAAAGUAAUGGAUGUCACAGUUCAAGACGAAACUCAAGUGCUCGGCGUGACCGAAGCUUCGUCUCUUGCAGACGCCCUCUACUUAUUUCAAGCUCUUUUGCCCAAGGCUGACUCGAACAUCGAUUUCUCUGUCAUUGACAAGCCCCGUCAAUUUAUUUCCGUAGAUUCGCGACCGGUUUCAAGCACACGUGGCUCGUUUAAGAAGAUUGUCGGCAUAUUCAAGAGAUACUUCAGAUCAGCGAGCUCCACGAAGGACAAGAACAGCUCUACCGACCCGUUCAUGUGCUUGAACAUUGUCUGUAGACCCGGGAGCUAUGACACAAACAUCGAGCCUGCAAAGGAUGAUGUGCUCUUCGACGAUCCUGAUCGUCUCCUCAAAUCGGUCGAAAGCUUCUUCCAGCUGGUCUAUAGGCCAUCGGUCACGUACGAUGAUUCAUCUCGGCCAACUGAGGCAACAGUCAAGGCCAGUAGUUUCGAUUUGCUGCUCAACAGUUCCCAGCCGAAGCCAGUGAAAUCACAGUCUUCUCGAACAAGCCUUGACAUACCAAAAGCUUUUAAGAUACCUUUACAUGUCUCUCGAGAAGACGAGCGCAAAGCGGCACAACACUCAUCUUCCGAGGAGCAGGACCUACAGACUAGAGAAAGAGGUGAACCAGCAGUUGGGAGGACGGGCAGCCGCUCGAUGUACCAUGAUGGGACUGAUGAUUGCGAUGACUUCGAGCUCUUGGACAACAUCCCUCAAGAACCUCUAUCAGAAAAUGAUGACGAGGAUGCAAGAGCAGACGUUACGAUCUCUAAUCCUUGGGCAAUUGCAAAGUUCAAUGCCACCAUUCGGCCGCGUGGCAAUUCAUCGUCUCCACUAUCUGGCGACAGAUCAUUCAAUCCAGUGCAGACACCAUCGCGGCAACAAAGACAUGACAUCGAUUCGUCUCCAGCGCCUUCUUCCGUCACAGUGUUUGGGAAUCCAGGAGACUCCAGUCCUCCAACACCACAAGGUUCUUCUUCUCCACCUUUCUUCCCCUUUCCACACCAGCGCCGGUCGAAAUAUCCUCAAGCCAGAGGAAGCACGCCCUCAAGCCCAGCAGAAGAUGAUCUGUACGGUCCAUCCAGCCGUGUCCUUACCAAUUGGGCCAAACGUAGUGAUACCAGCAAGAUCAUGAGCUCUGAUUCAAUUCAUCCCGACCAGGCAGCCAACCCGACCAAUUUCGUAUCUGCGCGUUCUUUGCCCUUGGGAACUCGUCUCAGCGAUAUACCGGACAUCAGCCAGAGGCCUCGCGCAAAGGUUAAAUCUAAGCAACAACCCUCUGCAGCAUUAAAGAAACCCUUCAUCCCUCCCGUCAAGGAUCUCCGCGACGUAUGGUUCAACAGCACCAACUCACAAUCGACAAGAGCCAAGGGUCAAAGGCCCAAAAACACUAUAUCUCAGUCCACCACCAACAUCGACGCCCUUGAUCUCCGCGAAGACCACAACAGCCUACCUCAAUCCCUCUCCUCCCCUCCACAACCAAUCCACCCAGACUUGGCACUUACCCUCGACUAUGAAAACCGGAAGCGUCAAGCAACCCUCGACUACCGCGCCACCCUACGCCGUCAAGCCUCGCAAUCCUCACAACCCUCACAACCGGGCCCAGCACUAGCGACACCACCAUCCAGCUCACCCCACCAAAAUCGCUACUUGAAAGCCAAAGCUGCUCUGCAGCCUUCCACCAGAGAUCCAAUUGAUACCGCAACCCAAGGAGCUGAGCAACCAGAUGCAUUGAGCUCUGACGACCCUCGAAGAAUACUCCUCCGCGAGCAAGCCCAGCUCAAUGUAGACGCAGACACGGGGGCAGGGGCAGGGACGGUCGAUACAUCACCGCAAACCCCCCGUCUCAGACGCGUGAGGAGUAGAACCGCUAUGCUACCCCUCGAGACCGUGAAGGAGGAAGAUAGCGUUCGUGAACUGAUGCUGAAGCUCUCCUCGGUUUCGGUGAGGAGUAUCGAUAGAGACGUCGGUAAGGUCAGGAGGUGGGAUGGGUACGUGAAAGGAGUGGUGGAGCCAGCGGAUGCUUUUGCCGACCAUGGUGAUGACGGUAGCGGUGAGGGGAAAAUCAAACAGUGGCAGAGCAGGCUCGAGGAGCUGGUUACGAGGGAAUAUAAGGGAGGGCAGUACGUAAGGAUCGAUUUGACGGGAGCGAUGGACACUUGGCGACAGCAUAAUGCUUCGAGGUGA